AUGAAUUUAGCAAGGAGAUUUUAGUAUUUGAAAAGGUUGAAUCAACCAAAUCUGUUUGUUUAAAGAAAUAUCGCCCAGUUUUCUGGCUUUAAGGAAACUUUUACCAAUUUAGUUAGAGGUAAAAAGGAAGAAGAUGAAGAACAAGAAAAAGAAAUAGUUAUUAGUUAAUAGGAAUAUAAAUUGUUGAAUCUAAACAGCACCUCUUCAAUCAAAAAUUCUUAUUUAUAAUACAAAAAGCACAUUAGCUUUUAUCAUCCUAAUGUCUACAAAGGCAAAGAUAGUUAAGAAAAAUUGAAAAUGUUGAAUGAAGUUUAUAUGAAGAUUAUUUAAUAGAGAAUUUAAAAUUAUGAUUUGCUUAAUGAAGAAGAUAAAUUAGAAUUGGAAAUGCUAGAAAAAUCUAAUUUUGGUAUCAUAAGCUUCGAAUCUAAGACCGUCACAGAUUAACUUAUUGAAUAUGAUGAUUAAAGAUACGAAUGGGAGCCACAUGAGCCAAAAAACUAUGUUUUAUUUUUAUUUUCUGCCUGGAUCUUUUUAGGAGUUGUAAGCUUCUCUAUGGAGAGAUGGUGA